AACCCGUUUUAGUGGUAGAUGAUAAUUUAUUUAAAUGAAAGCAUUAUAUUACUUAAUUACACAAUUAAUUAAUACAAUAUUUAAUUAAAAAUAUUUAAAAAUUUAGUAGGAUUUUGUUAGAUUUUUCUCAAUAGAUUUUGUUAUAACUGAAGAUAAAAUUCAAAUCUAUAGUUAAAAUUAGUUUAUUAUUAAUAUUUCUAUUAAUUAUUAUGUCAUAUUAUGUGAUUAAUAAAAUGGUCUUAGUAGACUUCUUAAUAGUAGAUAAAAAUGGUACUUCUCUUUUAAUAGAGAAUAUGUUAUUUUCUAAUCAUGGUCGAGAGUAUGUUACGAAGAAAAAGAGUGCUUUUUUCCGUUUGUUACGUUGGGAAAUUUUCUUUUUAACACUAAAGACUAUUUUAACUUCAACACCAUCGUUACAAGCUAUGCCGGCGAAUUUGACUUACAUCCCGGAGUCAUAAGCCCACAAAAAGAAUACAAUAUGAAAACAUAAAACUAAACAGAAAGAUAAUUACAGCAUAAGCAUACCGCUAGAAGAUCAAGAAAAUUAAACAGAUCCAGAGUGGAGAUAGAACAAAUUGCAUGUAGACUUAGAAUGAGAAUCUUGGAGAGACCAUCGAUGGAUACAAGCUUGAUCAAACCACCAAAACUAGAAGUCUCCUAUAGUGAAUUAAUGGCCCAAGCAAUUGAUAAUCCAAAGCAGCAAGAUCCGGGAGAUAUUUUCCUGUCUACAAACCGGUUCGUUGGGACAAUUAUUAUCUGGUUUGGUAAAAAGAAAUUGAUGACUCGUAUAAAAGGAUGGAACAUAAAAAUCAAUGUUUCAAAAACCGGACCGAACAGUUAUUCUUACUAGGUGACUGGUCAAGCCGGUUUCUUAGUAUUUAUGUGUAUGCAAAUUUUUAAAAAUACUUAUUUUUAGUAUUCUGUUAACCCUUAAAGAAAUAUAUAUAUAUAUAUAUAUAUAUUUAAAACAAUUACAAUGUCAAAAAGUAUAUGAUUUUAGUUUUUUGCUCAUGAAUGGUAAAUGUAAAUUAUAAUAUGAAUAGAAAUAUUAUAAAUGACCAAAAUUAUUUAUGCAAAGUAUAACUGCUGUAGAAAUAUAUAGCAAGUGUGUAUAAUGAAAACAAAAUAAAUGUGAGCAAUGAAAAAAUUAUUUUGGUUUCCAGUUACAAACUACUAUAAAUCUGGAACUAAUCAAUAAAUGUCAUUUAUUGUAACUAUUAAAAAUCAAAAUUAAUCGAUUAUGCUUUGUAUUUGGUUGAAUCAGGUUUUGUUCUUAACCUGAGUUGCCGGGUUUGCUGGGUUUGUACCGGUUUUGGCGGUUUAAUUCAAAUCCGAGUUUUAAUUCAACCCGGAUUCUGUUUACUUAACGGUUCACAGUUUAACCGGUUCCAACCGGUCGGUCCGGUCCGGUUUUCAAAACCUUGAUAAAAAUUGAUUUCUAAUUAUUAUUUAGUUUUAAAGUGGAAGGUAUUGGAUUUAGUAGAGAUUAAUGGGUCAUGGGCCUUCAACCUAGCUUAUGAAUUAUAUUCGAGAAACUGAAGGCCUAGGAUCUACCACCUACACUUCCUCGUACGCAGAUCACUAAACUCUUGCACGUUUAAUCGCCUUGAACCCUAUUUCUUUUUGAUGAAUACUCUAAGGACGAUGGGUUGCGAUAGGAUCAGCGAGUUUCCGGAUUGUUUGCUAACUCAUAUACUCUCAUACCUUUCGACCAAAGACUCAGUUAAGACUAGCGUUUUGUCGAAGAGAUGGGAGUUUCUCUGGCUAAAUGUUUCUGGAUUGGACUUAAACGACCUUGACUUCCUUCCUUAUGGAGAACCCUUGUUGAGAUUCAUGUAUAGAUUUUUGGAGUUUAACCGCGGAUCGUGCCUACAAACUUUCAAGUUGAAGUAUUGCCGUUGUACAAAAUUAGGGUAUGACUCUAGUAACAGCCUUGAGUGGAUAACCCAAAUGGUUCAUCGCCGAGUUCAACAUCUUGAUCUUGAAAACAAAUAUCUAUGUCGUUUAUAUAUCAUGCCUGAAUGUGUUUAUGUGAGCAAGACAUUGGUGUCUUUGAAGCUCGUACAAAUAGGGCUUAAAGACCCCAAGUUUGAUGUUUCUCUACCUUGUCUCAAGAUCAUGCAUCUAGCAAACAAUUAUUUCAAGAAUCAUUUGAUUAUGAAGAAGCUCAUCUCAGGCUCUCCAGUUCUAGAAAAUAUUACCAUGGAAGCUUCAAUUUGUUUAGGGACAGGGUUCUCCGGUUAUCCUUUGGUCAAUUCUUUUUGGACCAAUGUGCCUCAGUGUUUAUCAUCCACUUUGGAAUAUGUUACGAUUAGCGUAAGGAUUAUGGAUGAGGAAACUGGGAUUAAAUUAGUGAAUUACUUUCUUGAGAAUUCAGCAGUACUCAAGAAACUAACUCUGAGUUGCAAAUAUUAUUAUAAGCCCAAACGAGAGGCAGAGUGUUACAAGAAGCUUCUUACAUCCACAAAGCUUUCUACAAGAUGUCAGGUUCUCGUCUCUUGACAUGCAGCUUCUGAUAUGUUAUGAACGUUUGAGUGGAAAUCAUUUAUUUUUAUGAAAAUUUCAGCUACUAUUAAUUAGAGCAUUUUGUAGACAUAUGGUUUUUUAGGUUUGACCAUCUUCCUUCUUUUUGGAUUCUUUAAGUAUGUGGAUGAUCUUUUUGCAUUGCCUGAUUCAGGUCUUUAUGCUUAUUGACGUUAGAAUAUGAUUUUAUAUAUAUAUAUCACAUUAUUCAUAAUAUUAUGCGAUACGUCUUGCUAAAUAAUUGAUGGAGGCACUGGAUAUCUCAAGUUGUGGGUUCUAGACUUCUAGUGGAUCGUGAGAAACAUAUAUGGUCGACGAAGAUGUACCAAAGUCCUUCUCUACUUAUUAUCAAAAACGACCCAUUCUAUGUUUUUUUCUAUGUUCCUGUGAAGAACACUAUAGUAAGAGUUGAAAUUCUAGGAAUUGAUCAAAAGUUCAGGAAUCGCAACAUUUAUACAUUUAUAGACUAGACUAUAUAGAGGAUGUGAAGCAAGCUUAUAUAAGAAUAAAAUAAUGUGGCUCUACGAUCUCAUCGUCACAUGAUCAUGAGGUCUUAAAAUGGUGAUCACGUGAGGCAUUAUGAUCUUGAUUUUUGGCAUUCAGAUCAUUGAUUUGGGCGUAUGAGUUAAUAUAUAACCUUCUCUUAUUUGCUACAUUUUUUUAAAGAGUUUGACAACAUACUGUAAAGCUGAUUGACUGUUUCCAGUUGUAAGCUGUAAUCCUUGUAUAAACUAUGUAUAAGCUGUAAUACUUGAGAAUGGGACUAACCGACUAAUCAAUAGAUUAUAGAUUCAACGUAG